UCCAUUCAACUUGUCUGUCAGUUGUCAUAUCGAAAAAUGAGUUCAAAGCGUAAAGAAGUUAUCGUCGUUGUCGAUGCGUUUCGUUGAUGGCCACUGUGUUUUGCGUGUUUGUGGUAUUUCAUUUUUUUCGGUGAAAAGCGCAGAUUUUAGGGGUUUUGGAAUCGAAAUUCCAUAUCGUAACUUUGGUGCGGGGUAAAUUUAAAACUCUGAUCGUAGUUCACGCAGCAGAUGGAAUGAUGGGCGCAGCGGAAAGCCAAACGAAGCAAGCGGGGCAAGAGAAGGGAGCAAAAACUGGUGGCUGAAGUUAAUGAGUUGUGCAAGCAGCGAAUGAAAUCGCAGUGAAGAAAUCGAAAAUGAAAAAUAUACAAGCGAUGCAUGUUGUGUGAAAAAUUGACUGCUUGAAAUUGGGGCAGGUGUGUUUUAACUCGGGGAUAAAGUUCUUAGUCAGUGCCGGAAGAAUCCUGUUCCUGGGGAAAAUUGUCUUUGGUGGCAUGAAAAAUUGCAGCUGGGAAUGCAAAAAUGUUUCUUCGAUCGUAGAGUGCCGUGAAGAAGAAAGAGUUGCAUAGCGAUGGUGAUAGUAGUAGUAGGUAGGUAGUCCGGUAGGAGAAAAAUCGGCUGCUUUGAUUGGAAGAAACAACCAUAUAUGUAGCGAAUCGUGGAUGUGCGUGAAAGUGGAAUUACUCUCGAAUGCAGCAGCAUCAAAGUUAGAAUCUUUGUUUGGUAAAAAAAGGUAUCUACUGGGCGAAUAAAAAGGUGAAUAAAAAGAAAUACCAUAGAGUGUAAAUUUGUGAAAAUCCAUUAAUAUAGUGAAAUUAGUGAAGAAACAACCUUAUAAGGAUUGAUCGUUUCCGUGAUAAGAAGAAAUUUCAGAACCUGCCAAUAGAAUCGACUUCUGACUGGAUGACAUGCAGCCAUUGAUACUUUGAUAAAAAGUGCCCUCAACGCAUCAAAAUUUAAAUGGCAGCAUCGAAUGCUGAUGUCAUGCGUGGCAGUGGACCUUCCGUCGCUGCCCCUGGCUCAGCAAUUCAGCAAAUCACUCAUCACCAGUUGACAUCAAAUCUAUCAACUCAACAGCAGCACCACACGGUCCCACCAAAUCAUCACAUCCAACAUCUGCAGAAUCUAACGCAGCAAACUAUAUCAGUAUCAUCCGGACAUCAACAUCAACAUGUAUUGAACAACCAAACUGCAACUGUGCACCACCAUCACCAUCGAAUGCAGCAGCAGCAACAUCAACUUCAGCAACUUGCACAGCAGCAUCCCUCUCUACAGCACAAGAUUGGCCAGUACAAUGGAAACAUUAGCAGUUUGAUGUUUCCUUCUUCCGAAAAUCUUUCCGGACCGGGUAUCAGCGAUACGAAUCUUGCCGCAAGUGCCAGUGCAAGUGAUGUGAGCAAUGUCGCGGUUGUAAAUCUAGCUAGUGUGAAUCAUCAUCCUUCUUCGUUGGGCAGCGUGGCCGUGAAGGAUGGUGUAGCGAAUAACAGCAGUAGCAACAAUCCUGUCUUGAACAGGAUAGCCACAAAUACUGCUGGUAACAUUCCACUUGAAAAUGUACAAGUUAUGCAGCAGCAGCAGCAAGCACCGGGGGAGAGUCUGCCUCCCAAAGCUGGGGACAGUGUUGGGACGCGGAGUAACGUUGCUCCAGGUUGGAGGAGGAUAAAAUUCAACUGUGAGAUUAUCUACAUAAGUCCUUCCGGUGCAGCGCUUCGGAAUUUUAAUCAAGUCAAGGAAUAUCUACUCAGUGGCGGUACAUGCAAAUGCGGUCUUCCUUGUCCCUUUCGUCCCGAGGCGUUCUUCGAGUUUGACUCUCAGGUUCCUAAUACCACACUGGACGCUAUUAGCAGUAUACCUCACAAUUUAUGUUUGCAUCACACACGAUACUUGGAAAAGGUGGAACUUGUACGGCGAGGGAAAAAGCCUCUAGACUCUGGAAGCUAUCAGAACGUUUUGAAAUCCGAUCAUUGUUCUACAAUUCCACAAACUGAGUCUGCAACGUACCUGCCACAUGGACAGGUGCCAACUCACGACGUGCGGCUUGCCAUUCCUUCUACAGUUAGUUCAAACCCAGCCACUCAGUUAGAUCAAAAUCCACACGUUCAGACCGAUAAGGACAUCACUAGCAUUCCAUUAUCGAAAACACCUCCAUGGCGCAAGAAUGCACCCACCAGUUCUUGCACUUCAUCGUCGGUUGUAAAUCAUCAACGGCAAAUGCCAUCCUCUUCCAGCACAGUGCCACUGAAGAGUCCCGUACAAAGCUUAAAUCAAAACGAGCAAAUAGUCAAAAGCAGUAGAGCAAUUAGUGAGUCACCUAACCCACCUGGUUGGACAAACGAAAGCCAACGCGUGCCAUUGGAAGAUAUUAAAUCAAAAGUAGUGAGCAAGAAACGGCCCAACUUUAAAGACGAUCCAACGGGGUAUCUUAACCAACAAACGGCCAUCCUUCAUAGUUCUAUUUCAACGUUACACAGCCCAGAUGGAUCGUCUUCAUCUCAGGAAAGUCCUCAACCAAAACCGAUGGCGGUUGGCUUUGACAGUGGAGAUAUGAAUGAAUCGGUAGAGAGAGCAGAAAGAGGCAUCGUCAGCAGCAACACGACUACCAUAGGUGGUCAAACCGUGACCCAUGUUGCAAACGGCAUGGUUCAGGUGCAGCAGAACUGUGAUAUUAGUCAUAUGAAAUUUCAACAGCAACUCCAAUUCCAACAGCAGUUGCAAAGACAGAGUCAACUCAUCCGGCAGCACCAUGAGCAAAUCCAAUUGCUUCAGCAGCAGCAGCAGCAACAUCAAAUUACCGGAGAUGAAGAUACGUCCAAAUCAAAAUCUCCAGCAGCAUCAAACAGUUUUACGUUCAUAACGAGUCGAACUCCUGAUACAACUUCUACGUCGUCAAUCACUCCGGAUCCAAAGGAUCCAGUACAAGGUGGAACCAUAUCCACCAGUAUUCGCAGUCCAUUGUUUCAAUCAAACGCGAGUGGUAUCAGUCGACCAGAAUCUCCCGAGCAGUACACUACUCGAAAUGUCGUUUCAGGUGGCAGCAAUGUUGUGGGCAUCAAAAACCAAUCGCUUGUUAACGAUUCGUCUCGAAAUAACCGGCUAAUGGGGAACAGUGGGAAAUCAGCCACUGCCGCCGGAAUAAGUUCCAUCAGUAAGAUGACGAAAGGUUUGUCAAGAGAGGUUGAAGGUGAGAAGGUAUUAGUACAAAGUAAUUUGCCACCGAAUUCCCCUGGAGUUGUGCAUGGUCUUCCUCACCAACAGAACCCACAAAAUCAAUUGAUUUCUCAACCACAGCAAGUACUGAUGACUUCUAAUGGACAAAUUAUUGUUAUGUCGACACAGCCUAACAAAAAUACUGGUCAAGUUGUAGUUAACAACAAUGCCACUCCUAAUGCGAAUGCCAUCUCAAACAUGAUGAACCAACAACAAUCGGUGGUUGGAGGUAAUAGCGGUCAGUAUAUGAACAUCACUGGUCCCGGGGGCACUGUUACCACCAUCGCAACGAAUAAUAGCGGAAUAAUACAAAAUAUAGCUCAACAGCAACAACAUCAACAGAAUAUUAUCCACGCUGGCCAACCAAAUGCAAAUUCCAACUUUUUGAUCAACUCUCCAAAUAACAUGCAAUCGACUGUGAUAUUGAAUAAUGGAAACGUAAUUCAACAAGCGACAGGACAACAAAUACUGUCUGCACCGAACAAUUCGCAAGUCAUCCAUUCGGGAAACGUUCUUGCAACUACUUCAGGAGCCAAUUUAGCCUCUAAAGUAAUGGGAAAUCCUGGAACCGGAGGAAUAAUUUCGAAUCAACUAAUAAGCGCAAAUAGCAGUCCUGUUUCAAAUAUGCAGACCAACACCAGUGGCGUCAUAUCUCAACAAUCUGGCACAACGAUGGUAAUGAAUAGUCUACCUCCGAAUAGUAUUGUAAUACAGCCAAACUAUAGCUCUGUUUCCGACGGAGGACAUAUAGUUAAUCAAGUUAUCAAUCAAGAUGGUACCACCACUUCUUUCGUACAGCAUCAAAACCAACCGCGACAAAUUCUGUUAUCGCCCGACUCCAAACGGAAGGCUAAGAAACGGAAAAGUAAUGGAUCCGGAUCAGUUGCUGUAACGGGUUCUAACUCCCAGCAGCAGCACACAGUGCAAAUAGCUGCAACACAACCCCCUCACCAACCUCCUGCCGCUGUCCAACAACAAACCAUCCAAUCAGUCAAUCAAGCUGGCACAAUGUUGCAACUUGCACCUCAGUAUUCCACUCAAAGCUUCCAGUUGAGCCCAGGUUUAUCGGGACUAACGAUUGUCCCCAACCAAAAACCGCAACAACACCAGCAACAGCAGCAAAUUUUAUUGCAAAAUGGUCAAAUCAUAACUCAACCGUACAACAUCAUAAGCCAACAAGUGUUGUUACCUGCUGGAUUGGUAAUGGCACAAGAUGCCACAACACUUGUUCAAAUCCAAAAUGUCGCUACUCCUUGCGGGAGUAUCAUAACUACUCCCCAGGGUAUGGUCAUAAGGGCUCAAAGUCCGCAACAGCAGAAAAGUUUUAUCUCUCCAAGCACCGGCCAACAGUUCAUUCUAAACAACGCUGGUCAGGUUAGUCCAAUAGGUGCCCAAAUCUACGGAGGGCCGGUAAACAUCGUGGUGCCUCAACAACAGGCUGGACCUGCGGCAUCCUUUGUUCAGCAAAAUGCAACCAUUCUCCAACAGCAGCCCACCAUCGUUCAUCAACCUGUACAAGUGCAAAGUGCAGCAAAUUUAAACACCAGUACCGAUAGCAGCAGUACGACGAGUGAAAGUCCUUCACUACCCACGACUCCACAGCCUCCACCGAUGAUGCAACAGCCACAGAAAAGUCACUCCUCGUACCAUUCUGGUGCAACAUCGCCUCCAGAUACCACAACACAUAGCCCCAACAGCCCGGACUGUGCGUCAAGCGAAAAAAGUACCGGCAGUGCAGACAGUAUGAAUAUGGCUAUGGUGCAGUGCGUUUCUAGUUCGGAACCGGAUCUUGUGUCGCCAACGCUUGCAGAGGGUGCCCAAUCGCCGACUGAUUCAACGGAAUACUUUGAACACGGAGGUGGCACAUCAUACCAACGAUCCAUGUAUAAACCAGCGGAAUCGAAAAUUAGACGCAUGCAAACGUCAUCUUCGCACCAGCAGCCAUCGGCAUACACUCGUAGCAGUAGUUCUACCGUUGAAGGCAGUAGUAGCACCGGCAGUAGCAGCAUCACAAACUUAAACACUAGCUAUUCUCAUCCUCAUCAGACACAAAUUGCACCAACAAUACAGCAACAGUCCCACCACCAUCAAAGCUACAGUUCGACUGCAAUGCUUCGCCAAACGAGUUCACCGGCGACUGUUGUUCUUCCAGAUUCCCAUGACUCUCCCAUGCAAAUCUCUGUGCAAGAAAGUGCUGUGCCAAGUCCAAGCCCUAGAGCAGCCGUUUCCCCCGAUGCCACAAGUAGCAGUGCUAAUGUGGCUACAACAAGAUCAUUCAGCGUUGGUGAGCUGGUAUGGGGACCAGUUCGUGGAUUUCCGGCUUGGCCAGGCAAAGUGAUUGAAGCUCCAGAAGAUAGCCGUCCGAUUCAAGUGGAUUGUGUUUGGGUUCACUGGUUUGGUGGCCGCACGGAAUGGGUCGCCGUCAACCGAUUGAAGACCUUGUCCGAAGGUCUAGAAGCUCAUCACCGAGCCCAGAAGGAUGUCAGAAAGGGACGGAAGCUAAACGCUCAGCUAGAACGGGCAAUUCAGGAAGCUAUGAUGGAACUGGACAGGACCUCUGGAGCUGUGUCACCAUUACCGUACGGAGCAAGUGUCAGCAACGCAGCAGUAGUGGCCUCCAAAUCCAUCACAAUCAAAGCAUCACCUACUAGUAGUACUUCCAUCACUCCGAGUUCCAACAAUAGUUCCUUGUCUUCUCCUACCAACAGUGGCAGCAGAACUUCAAAAAUUACUCGUGGAGUUAAGUCGAAGCUUGUCAAAAUAGCACCGGCACCACCUAGCAAUGUGGUAGAUUCCAGUUCAACAUCAUCAGGUACUAAUAGUUCAAACUCUGUGGCUGCAGUAGGAGUCACCGGUCGUAUCAAAUUAAAGUAAGAUAGUAUUUUACAAAUUACAUUUCACGGAAUCCUUGGAUAGGUAAUAUUUGCAGCAUAUCAAAGACCGUUUGGUCUAUAAUUACUCUUAUUUAAAAUUAUUUUAACAGUGCCACAACAACGGCAUUGCCUAAACGUUUUACAAAAUUCCCAAUUCGUUUCUAACAUUCCGUUUAUUUAUCAAUUUAUCAAUCAUCUAUCUGAUUCAGAUGACCAGAAGCUUUGUCAUAUCUUUUUAGCAUAUGUUUCAGAAGCUUCAAAAAACUGUUAUUGUUAUUUGACACUUUAAAUUACUAUUCGAGUUUGUUUGCAAAGUGUUACAGAAGUUCAAAAGUAACAAAUGUGUGUUCUAUGAAAUUUUCUGAUCCUCGUUGUUCUCGCUGCGGUUGUCGGGUUGAGUUCCUUCCCCACCAAACAUUUUUGCUGAAUAAAAGUUGAAAAAAUGACUCUCAAGUGUACUCCAGCUGAAUAAACUAUUAUUCAGCUACUAAUGUGUCUUGGGUCUGCUCUCACUGAUGUCCUGAGCAUCGUUUAUUCUUUUUCCUGAUCCUCUAACGUUCCAUGAGACCGCACAGUUCUCACUGUUUAAUGAGCUAUUUUGUGUGUGUGCGCGUUUUUAUGAGUUUUAAAAGGUGGUUUCAUUAGUUGCACUAUUUUUAGGUGGGCUAUACUGCCGUGAAUCGCAAGUUAGCUGUUCAGCUGUCUUCCCCUUAUGAUACGCGGUUUGCUCAGUGGUUUUAAAGUUGCUUUUAAACUCGCCGCUAUCGCUUUUACUUUAUCUAUGUCGACUUUUGUACGUAUUCCCCACAGCCGUACGUUUUUUGUGGCUCGUUCAUUCAAGUUGGUAUAAGUUUGCCUUCGUUCCACUGGAUAUAGUUCUUGAUCAUAUUUUUUACUGCAUUGUUUUUUUUUAUUGGCACUACCGGUGUGCCUUUAAUCACUGUUUGUUUUUUCACUGCCGAAAAUUUCUUUGCUAAAAUUGAUUUCCUGUUUUCGAGUUCAUUUAGCCCAGGCUGUGAUAUGCCUGUAAAUUGGACUCUUUGCUUUUUCAUCUUUAUGACACUUACAGUUUUCUUUAAAGGUCACUAUGUUAGCCAUUAGAAAGGCUCUCACUCAGGUAGUACUCGAUUGUCACUAUCCACCAGUAGUACAUAAAUGUCAAGAAAAUUAUUGCACUUUGCACAUUAGUCAUGUUCAUGUAUGAUUUUUCGCCUGCACUCAUUGUCUCAAAGGAUAUCAGUGAACAAGAAAUGUUUCUAACACAUGUUGGAUUGACGAACUAAACCGUUUAGUUGCAAAACAAUUUUUUGAACGUUAAUUUUUGGCCACACUUGUAUUCUUCUUUUUAUUCUGCAGUUAUACUUCUGCUAAAUUGUUUAUGCUUUUUACAUGCUUAAGUGCACGUUUCCGCUCUCUUCUUUGGAAGAUGGUGUACGGUACGGUUCUACCCGUUUUUAUUUUUUUCUAAAGUUAUUACAGCGGACUGAAUUGCCGAGUGGACUAGUCUUGUGAUAUCUGAGAAUAAUUAUCCGACCACAAGUUUCUUCUUUUGGAUUUUUUCUUUUUCGGGAUAGUUAUUAUAACAGUUGUCGUUUUUCUUGUAUGUUAAACAGGUAGUGAUUAAAUAUUUGUAAAUCUGACUGAUAUUGGUUUGCAUAAAUAAAUUUUCCUUCCGCGGACUUUUCCUGCUCCACACUGCACACGAGUCAGGUUUGAAAUCGGUAUUCCCCCUUGGGGAUCACACAGGUCGUACAAGCCUUCUGGUUUUUAAGGUGCAUUCAUAGCACACCACUUUCUGGACACGAAGCCUUAGAUCCAGCUUCUUCUAAUCACUUGGGUAAAUAUUAACGCACUGUUUCUGUUGGAUUUGUUUGGUUCUACAUCUUCAUCAUCGCCCGGAAUAGGAUCAGUAGUUUUUCUUCGUUGGAUACACUGCAGCGAUGCACUUUUCACAUUGGUUUCAAAGCUUAUUUACCUGCAGGGGUGCGUAAAAUUCCAAAAGAUACAUCUCCGUCAGAUCCAAAGUCGUAAUUGUCAUCUGGCGUCUUUGUCUAGCGGAUUAUUAGCCAACACGGUAACUCCAGCUUCAAAAAACAUUCCAUCCAUCUUUAUUUGUCAUUCCAUCCAUUUGACCACACCUCCAAGUUUAAUUCAUUUAGGUCAUUCAUAUGAAACCUAGAAAAUUUGCCACAAUAGGCUCCAUCCCAAUCAUCAUCGUCAUUAUCAUCAUAAAAUCCCAUACAAUACAUUUUUUUUCCAAGUAUCAAAAAAAAAAAAUCGCUGAAACCCCAAUAAAAAUCAUAUACACAUUUCUUUUUCGCGAGUCUUGCUAUAGCAAAACUGCGCGGGCCAUUCAUUUCCGCAAAGUUGCAUUCUUCAAUGUUGUUUUGGGUCAACCGCGGUGUCGCGAAGUCC